GAAAUGUGUGAGCAACACGUUGCCUUCGCGGUACAGCUCGUGACAUUCAGCGCUCUAACAACACGAAGAAGAAGCAAAACGCCGGGGACCGGACGUGACGUCCCGGUUCCGCGUGUGCGUGGUGCGCGCGCGUAAGUCCGUCGUCCAUCGAGCAGCAUGGAGAGCCUGGAGAAGCAGCUCGUGUGUCCCAUCUGCCUGGAGGUGUUCAGCAAGCCGGUGGUGAUCCUGCCCUGCCAGCACAACCUGUGCCGGAAGUGCGCCAGCGACAUCUUCCAGGCAUCCAACCCCUACCUGUCGACCCGCAGCGGCUCCAUGGUGGCUUCCGGCGGUCGCUUCCGCUGCCCGUCCUGCAGACACGAGGUGGUUCUGGACCGACACGGCGUCUACGGCCUGCAAAGGAACCUGCUGGUGGAGAACAUCAUCGACAUGUACAAACAGGGCUCAUCUAGCAGUAAAGCUGUUCCUGAGCCAAAGUGUGAUCAGCCGAUGUGUGAGGAGCACGAGGAGGAGAAGAUCAACAUCUACUGCGAGACCUGCGGCGUCCCAACCUGCUCCCUCUGCAAAGUCUUUGGUGCUCAUAAAGACUGUGAGGUGGCGCCGCUGGACACCGUCUUCCAGAAACAGAAGGCAGAGUUGACAAACUGUAUAACCAUGCUGGUGGGGAACAAUGAUCGGGUUCAGGCCAUCAUCAGCCAGCUGGAGGAGACCUGCAGGGCGGUAGAUGAGAACGGACGGAGGCAGAAGUCGAAGAUGUGUGAGGGCUUCGACCAUCUUUACGCCAUCCUGGAGGAGCGCAAAGGAGAGAUGACACUGCAGAUCAAUGCCGAGCAGGAGGAGAAGCUGGACUACAUCCGUACACUGAGGAAGAAGUACAGCCAACACCUGGAGAACACCACCAAGCUGCUGGAGAACGCUAUCCAGACCAUGGAGCAGCCAGAGAUGGCCAUCUUCCUGCAGACUGCAAAACCACUUCUACAACAGCUUGUAGAAGGAACCAACAUCUCCUAUCUGGACAAGGUGGAGCGCGGCUACGAGGACAUGGACCACUUCACUGCCAUGCUGGAGCAUGAGAGGAGAGCCCUGCUAACCAUUGACUUCAUCAAAUUUGAUAAAGAGGAGGGUGACGAGGAAGACGAAGUGGUAGGAGGUAGAACUGAGUCCUCCCAAACAGCAGGGGGAAUUGUUGUGCCUCCUCCAUCACCACAGACUACAGCAGCCCAGCAGCAAACUCCUCCGGCUCCAAUCCCAAAACCAACCCACUACCCCCCACCGCCCCAGGCCCCGCCCCAAGCCCCACCCAUCACCCCAUCCCAGGUCCCGCCCAUAACCCUGCCUCAAGGCCCAACUCUCCCGACAACAAACCCACCGCAGCCUCCAUCUGAUUCUGGCAGUCCACAGGAAGAGGACUCGGAGGUGCCCGGCGGACCCCGACACGUCUUCUCCUUCUCCUGGCUCAACCAAAAGUAAAAUCCCUCCUCAUCAGCCUCCUCCACCCAGCUGAGAGGGAGUCCCUGAGGGGAUUUAAAGCUUCUAAAGGUUUUUUUGAGGCCUGUGUGUUACAGUAAAUAAGGUUUAUCAUCUGUCAUCAUCCAUCACAUGUAGACCACACAACAAUCUGUAAAUAUGACUUGAUAUCUUAUUACAAAUAUGAAUGUAGACAUUUCCUUUCAUGAGAAAAGGAGUUUGCUCAAAAUUAUUUUUAUCACAUAACUUUCGAGGCCUGUCAUUUUCCAGAAGGAGACAGGAUACGUUUUGAUUUGACAACAUGGGCUGACCUAUUUGUACAAAAUAUGUUUUGAGUGAUUUUUAUGAACAUUAUAUUUCAACGGUUUGCUGUAAUGACACAUGAGACUCAGAUCCUGAAGAAAACCCGCAGAUAAACUGCGUGUCA